AUUUCACAAAGCAGCCAGAGUCAACCCUUACAUCAGCAUCAACACGAGCUAAUUUUGUCCCCAGUACAGACCAAAACUCGAAAGCCACUGUCAUCAGUUCAGCAAGCUCAUCCAGCUAUACCACAAAAGGAAUGCCUAUUUCUUCGUCCAAAACCAACAAACCCUCGGCUACAACAGUGGGAGCUUUGACUACUAUUUUUAGAACUGUUAGUUCCACAUCUCUAUCAAAAACCACUCCUGCAGUUACCACAAAAGGAACUACAGGAACAUCUAGCACAUCAGCUCGUGUCACAACUAAGAAAACAACUGUUGCUUCUACUACAUUAUGUGAGGGCAGCAGAGUAACUCAUAUCAGGAUUGAAGGACUUGAUAGCAAGGAGAUUAGUGUGAGUUGGAAUGGUGACAACCUUAGACCAGAGAUGAAGUACGUCGUGAAGCUCAAACAGGGUCCCAACACAAGCGAAGUCACAAAUGUGUCAACUGUGAAGAAAGCACAAUUUACUGAUCUGCUCCCGGGAGUAACAUAUACGGUCACCAUAGAAUAUUUUUCUUGUAGUAAUAAGGAAGAAAUUAAGAGAAAUAUUACCACAGCUGCAAAUAUAUACGAGUCAUCCACCAGAAUUCCAGACAUUGAGUUUCUUCCCGAAUACGACAACCAUUCAAGCCCACAAUUUCAAACCCUUGUCUCACAUUUCAAAGAGGAGAUCACAAAAAACCUUCCCAGAGAUUACCAGGAUUUAAUUAAAGAAAAUAACAUGAGGGUUGUGGUGACAAAAAUCCGCAGAGGAAGUGUGAUUAUUGAAUUUGAUUUAUUGACAAAUGUCAAGAUUGAUCUGCAGACAUCCACUGUAGAAAAAAAUAUUAUUAAUGCCUUGAACAUGUCUACACUUAAAGUUGAUUUGGACCAAACAACCAUCAGAGAGGCAGAUGCUUGUCAAAGAAGUAGUGAUUUGUGCUCGGAAAAUGGUAUUUGCACAAAAGUUGGGCCUUCAUACACAUGCAGGUGUAAGGCAGAUUUCGUAGACCAGAACCCAAGUUUACCUGGAACUGACUGCCAAAAACAAGCUUUGAUAACAAUCUCUCCAACAUCUCGCCAAACCACAAGUGGGAAAGAUAACUGUGAAGGCGUGUGUUCCUCUCUUGCUGAGUGCACGGUCAUUCAUUCUGGCACAUAUGGAUGCCAAUGCUACACUGGCCUCAUAGAUGUUAACCCUUCAAACCCUGGGAAGCUAUGCAGAGAGCCUUUUGACUGUUUCAGAGAAGAAACCAAUUUGUGUUCACCCAGCAAUACAUGCCUUCGGCCACAGUCUGUUUGUUCUCGCAAGAACCUGUUCAAGGCUACAGUGGAAUUAAAAUCAUGGCUAUUCAGUCCUGCCCUUUACAACACUGAAAGUCAAGACUGGAUCAGUGUUUCAACAAAUUUUACCAUUACCGUUAUUAACAAAAUGAGAACCUUGCUGUUGGACGAGUCCUUUGACCUGACAGUUGUGGGGUUCAAAAAAGGAAGCGUGGUGGUCCAGAUGGUGUUUGGCUUUAAUGGCGGCAGCCACCUGAAUGUGCCAACCUUGGAAACAGCCCUACAGGACGUUGUCCAUGCAAAUCUGGACAAACUUGCUUUGGUAACCCUGGAAGAACUUCCUGCAGAAGAGAACUCUGGGGAAGGCUGGCGAGUUGCGACCAUUGUUACUGGAGUUCUACUGGGGGCUGCCCUGCUGCUAAUAGUGUUCGCUGGCUUAGCCUUUGCUCUGCGGAGGAGGUUGAAUUGCUCCAAUUCAUACAAACUCCGGAAAACUAACGACAGCGGAGACCCCGUUCUAGUCAGCACUUUUGGGAACUAUAUUUGUCAGGAUGUGUAGCUCACAUUUUGUGUAUACAAAUUUCAGGGAUUGAGAUGUAUGAAGCCAUUGUUAAAAAAACGAUUUUGCUUUCAGGGCAGAAAAGGGAAAAUAGGGACACAAUGCUCUGUAGUUUAUUUUUUUACUCAGUUUGUUCCACAUCAUUCCAUAUAUAUGACAGGGAAAUCACUGUAAGAUUCGGUGUCUAUGCCAAAAUGAAGGGGAAUGAAAACGGUCUGUAUUGGAAUUGUGAUCACAUGGGGAACAUGGAGCAGAGAUAACGAUGAGACUGUAAUGCUGGAGCUGCCCUGGACCUCAUGUUUCUGUAUUUCAGUGAUCUCAUUCUAACUUCAUCCUCCCGAUAAAAAAAAACAAUAUCCAUUCUGCACAGACUAUGAAAUUGCUUCAGAAUUAAGAAUUAGGACUACAGAACCGCAUCAACAAUCUGAGGCAUUUUAUCCUGAGUGGUUAACGCUUGUGUGCUUCCAUUGCUGUUAUGUCGUCCAAUCAUGCCGGUACUUCCUUUCAGAGCAUUUAUGUAUAAUGAAAGACACUGAGGCAAGAUUCAGGUCAAGAGUGAUUUCAUACAGAGUGCCUAUGGGCAUAUCCAUCAUUUAUUUGCAUAUUACAUUAGUUAAUAAUGAUUAGUAUUGCAGUUAUGGAGAGAACCUUUGCAGUUGUGUUUAACUAACUGGAACACACCCAUCUCAGCUGAAGCUUAAUUUUUUACAGAAAAUAGAGCCAUUGUCAUGCAUACAUGUAAUGCACAAGACAUUUUUCUCAAUGACUAACUUCCCUUUGUUUUUCUAUUAUGCACUUUAUCAUUAUUUUUUUCUCUGGGAUGCACAUUAACGUCCUUGCACUUUGAAAUAUAAUCACAAUAAUAUAAGAUAUUACAGUACAGGUACUCAUUGGAGCGAUAACUUCACUCAUUGAUUCAAGUUUAUAUUACUAUGAGAAUACAUUUUCUCAUCUGUUUCAUAGUAGAAUACUUUUGAUGUGAAGGAUACAGGUAAUGUAAAUGUGCUCCUGCAUCUACUCUACAUUAUAUUUUUGUACUGUUACAUAUUUAAGCUUUUUUCAUAAAUUAAAUGCUGCAUUUUGUAAGAA